AUGAAACUUUUGCCCAUUUGCACUUGGCUCCUAUGCCUUUUGCUUUUUAUCGUGUGCUUGGGAUCUGAGUGUGGGACUCCACGGCGAAUUGUAAGGUCUAAAAGAGACUUGGUACGCAUCAGGGAAGCCAGAAGUACCUUCCCAGGACCUUGUGCCACACGCCUGCCUCGGGGCAAACGCUCACUUCCCGGGAUAGAUCGGCGCUCCCCUCGCCUGUCACAGGCGGGGGAAAGCAGCCCAGGUCGGCGGAGGGCUGUUUACUUUACCGGUCGAGGAGACCAACUGCGUCUGAAACCCAAUGCAGAGGUGCCAAGGGGUAAUUUCACCCUGGAAAUGUGGAUAAAACCUGAGGGUGGGCAGCGCUCUCCAGCUGUUAUCGGAGGUCUCUAUGAUAAAUGCUUCUACGCGUCCAGCGAUAGAGGAUGGUUACUUGGCAUCAAAGCAAUCAGCGACCAAGCCAACCGUGACCCUCGUGUCUUCUUCUCCCUCAAGACAGACCGAGCCCACAAGCUCACCACAAUCACCUCCAAUGCACCCUACACUCCUAAUCAAUGGUCACACGUGGCCGUCACCUACAACGGUCUCUUUAUGAAGCUGUAUGUAAACGGGGCGCAGGUUGCUGUAAGUCGAGAUCAAUCCGGUGAGAUUUUUAGCCCCCUCACCAAGAAGUGCAAGGUGCUCAUGAUCGGUGGCAAUGCAUUAAACCACAACUACAGGGGAACGAUGGAGCACUUGAGCUUGUGGCAUCGGGCUCUGAGCCAACGUGAAAUCAUUAGAUACAUGGGUCACGGGUUGAGUCAGUUGAGUGACCUCUCUCAGCUGGUUGUCCAUGAGAACUUUGAGAACAUGUCAAGACAGUGGCUGACGGUGAAAGAUGGCAGUUUCCCCCGGUUGGAGGACUCAGACCGGAACCUGGCGGCUGUCCUCAGCGAUGCUGCACUGAAACCUCCACCUUGCGGACAGACUGUGUGUGACAAUGUGGAGGUGAUUACAAACUACUACCAGCUCUGGAGCUUCCGCAAACCAAAGACGGUGCGCUACCGAGUGAUAAACGUUUACGACGAUGAUGGACGGUGGCCGACGAUUACAGACCACCAGAUCAACCUUCAGCACCAGCACUUGAACAAUGCUUUCCGCGUCUACAACAUUUCCUGGGAGCGCACUGUUCACAACGUCUACAACUCAUCCUUACGUAACCGCCUAAUACUGGCCAACUGUGAUAUCAGCAAAGUGGGAGAUGAAGAGUGCGACCCAGAAUGUAACCACACUCUUACUGGCUUCGAUGCCGGAUACUGUAAGAGGCAGAGCGCACGCUGCCCUGAAUACAAGCAGGGGAACGGGGUUUGUGACCCUGAGUGUAACUGGGACAAUUUCUAUUACGAUCAUGGAGACUGCUGCAACCCCAACAUCACUGAUGUCACCAAGACGUGCUUUAAUCCUGCAUCACCCCACAGGGCUUACAUGAACGUGAAAGAGCUGAAAGAGGUUUUGAAUUUGGAUGGAUCCACACACUUGAACAUCUUCUUUGCUAACUCAUCUGAUGAAGACGUGGCUGGUGUGGGCACUUGGCCCUGGGAUAAAGAAGCUUUGACACAUUUAGGUGGGAUUGUAUUAAACCCUUUAUUUUAUGGUACUUUCGGCCACACUCACACCAUGAUCCAUGAGAUUGGCCACAGCCUUGGACUGUACCAUGUCUUCAGGGGAAUCUCAGAGGUGGAGUCCUGUAACGAUGCCUGUUUAGAGACUGAGCCAUCUCUUGAGACGGGGGAUCUGUGUGUAGAUACAAAUCCCACACCCAAGUACAAGUACUGCAGAGAUCCUGAACCAGGCAACGACACCUGCGGCAGAUGUCAUUUCAAAAACACUCCCUUCAACAAUUACAUGAGCUAUGCUGAUGAUGACUGCACAGAUUCCUUCACGCUGAACCAGGUGGCCCGGAUGCACUGUUACCUGGAUCUGAUCUACCAGUCUUGGAGACCUGGCAGUAAACCUGCUCCUGUUCCUCUACCUCCUCGAGUAACAGCGCAGGACCAAGACUCUAUUACACUAGAGUGGUUCCCUGCCCUCACCGGCCAUUACUUAGACAGAGAAGUGGGAUCAGUUUGUGACAGAUGUACUGAAGUUGGGGUGAUCCAACAGUAUGCCUCGAACUCCUCUUCUCCCAGACCCUGCGCUCCCUCCGGCCACUGGAGCCCUCGUGAAGCAGAAGGUCCACCAGACGUAGAGCAGGCCUGUGAAGCGAGUGUCAGCACUUGGAGCCCCAACGCCGGCCUAGACUCGAGUAGUGUUGGCUCAGCAUCUUGCCCACCCCAGGGCUGUAUGCUGCAGCUCGAGUUUGCCUAUCCGCUUGUGCCUGACUCCCUCACUGUUUGGGUCACCUUCUUCUCUCUGGAGGAGACUGGACUGCCUGCAAUCCAUGACAUCCUUCUGCUGACCCUCAGUGGUAACAACAUCUCGCUGGGUCCACAGUAUGUGUUCUGUGACACACCGUUGACACUUAAGCUAGAUGUGAAGGAGGAGGUGUAUGGGGUGCAGUUCUUCACCAUGGAGCAGCACUUGGAAAUCGACGCCACAUUGCUUGCCUCAAAGGCAGACAAUCCUCUGUGCCGGUCGUGUCAUCCUCUGCGCUAUAGACUGAUUCGACAGCCACCGUUCACACAUUCACCAUAUGGGCUGAUCCUUCAGGAACCCACUCUGAGAUAUGUGGACAGGGACUUAAAGCCUGAUGAGACGUACACCUACCACGUGCUGACAGUGUCUAGAAGAGCGGAGAGUGAACCAUCUCCUCCUCUCUCUCACCAGCUGGGUUCACCCUACUGUGGAGAUGGACUCAUCCAAAAAUAUCUUGGAGAGCAAUGCGAUGACAUGAACUUCGCUAAUGGAGAUGGCUGCUCAAACCAGUGCAAGAAAGAGCCGUGGUUCAACUGUGUUGAUGAGCCCAGCUUGUGUUACUUCUACGAUGGUGAUGGUGUGUGUGAGGACUUUGAGCGCGAGGCGAGCGUAAGGGACUGUGGUCUCUAUACUCCGAGCGGCUUCCUGGAUCAGUGGGCCACUGCGGUGGAGGUGUCCAAUGAGGAGAAGAUACACUGUCCAGCGGAGGUGGCUGUUGGAUAUCCUGCGGUGACAAAGAGCUGUCAGUCGAAGGUGUUUGACCUGUCUCAUGGCGUGUCCCAGUACGCUUGGUUUCCCUGUGAGGAGUCUCAGCAGCACAGCUGGACUUCACAGUAUUGGUUGAAGGCCUAUUACGCCCAUCCUAUGGUGGCUGCCGCAGUCAUUAUCCAUCUGGCUGCUGACGGAACAGCCGACAUCGACCAGAGACAACACAACAUUACUGUUCAGCUGGUGGACACUAAGGAGCAAACCCACCCUCUCGGGGACUGGAGGUUGAGCUGCCGGAACAAUCCACUGGUGAUUCCUGUGAGUCACGACCUGAGCGUGGCUUUCUACCGGACAAAAGCCAUUACAGUGAGCUUCAGCUCUCCUCUGGUGGCCAUCUCAGGUGUUGGGCUGCGCUCCUUUCAAUAUUUUGACCCCAUCACUAUCAGCGGCUGCCAGAGCAAUGAAAUCUACAACCCCAUGGGCCAAAGUUGCGUUCAUUACUCAUGUGACGCCAUUGAAUGUCAGAAGCCAGUGGUCAGUAAUGCAGAGAUGAAGUGCACUAGUCCUGGAUACUUCAAUGGAGCUCGCUGUACUAUCACCUGCAACCGAGGAUAUACACUGAAGAUACACCGAGAUGACGAUAUCAUUAAAACACAGUCUGAAUCCACAGUGACCCUCACCUGCGCGGAUGGGAAAUGGAACAAGCAGGUGACCUGUGAACCUGUGGAUUGCGGGCGGCCUGACAAGUACCACGUGCACCCGGCAAUCUUUGAGUUCUCUGAAGGAACCACCUACGGCAAGAAGUGCACUUUUCAGUGCCGGGAGCCAGCUCAGUUAGUGGGAAGUAAUAAUGUGCUGACGUGCAUGGAGGAUGGCAUGUGGUCCUUCCCCGAGGCUCUGUGUGAGCUGCGCUGUCCGGUCCCUCCUCCUGUACCCAACGCUGUCCUGCAGACCAAACGCUGCAAUGCCACAGGCCUCAAAGUUGGGUCUUUCUGCAAGUACAAGUGCAAGCCUGGCUACCAUGUGCCCCACAUAGACAAGCCCAAGAGGUCAGUGCCUGUGAUGUACCACAGGCGUGCGUUUAAGCGGCAGUGUACGGAGGAUGGAACCUGGCAGUCGGGUGAGUGUGUGGCAGUCACAUGUGAGCCACCUCCUCCCAUUUUCCACGGUACCUACAAGUGCACAAAUGGCUUUCAGUUCAACAGCGACUGCUGGAUCGACUGCAACAGGGCUAACCACACGGUGAGACAGCACAGCCGCUGCAAGCAGAGUCCUUCCACCAACGUGAUCCGAUGCAGAAAGGACGGGAACUGGACCGGUUCUUUCCGUCUUUGCCCCAACCUGACAGGCCAGUGUUCUCUUCCGCAAAAUCUCAGCCCAACUAUCCAUCUCAACUGCAAGGACGGACACGGCAUAGGAAAGGAGUGUGAGGUGGCGUGUAGAGAUGCUAGCAGCAGUGUGGUCCUCCUGCCCAGCAACAUGAGCGUUGCAGCUGUGAUGAAAGACCACUGGUGGAACCCACCCAAAGUUAAGAAUAUUGUGUGCACCAUGGGACUAAAGUGGUAUCCUAACCCAGAGGCCCUCCACUGUAUUAAGGGAUGUGAGCCGUUCAUGGGUGAUAAUUACUGCGACGCCAUCAACAACCGAGCGUUCUGCAACUACGAUGGUGGAGACUGCUGCCAUUCUACUGUUAAAACCAAAAAGGUGAUUCCAUUCCCAAUGUCAUGUGACAUUCGAGAAGACUGUGCGUGUCGGGACCCCGACGCCCAGGAGAACAACAAAGGAGUCCGCCACCGGUCCAUUGGCUGAGCUUGGUACCCCCUGUGGCACCCAGGGGGCCUGCUGGGAAACCAUUCUUCUCUACAUGCUGCUUAUAAGAGGGCCUUUCCACUCACACCGCACUCCAACAUGCCCUCGUUUCCUCAUCAAACAGCAACAACUUAAGAGGGUAUGACACUCAAAAACAAACAACCAAUCAAACACAUCAACAACAGGUUUCGCAAAGGACAAGAAGUGGAAGUUUUAUGAAUGAGCAACAAUAGAUGUCAUCAAACUAAAGCUCAAACAAGCCUGGGCUGACAGUUUUGUUGUUUUAUGUUUGCUUUCAUUGAUCAUUAUUUGUAAAAUGCAACCAUGGCAAUGUUGUUUUUAUGUAAAGCCAGAGCAAGAAGGGGGGGAAGGAAAAAAUGCAGCUGUUAAUGUUUGCCUGUAGUCAGAAAAUGGGAUGAUUCCAAUCGAGUCAAAUCAAGAGCUCCAAACUAAAGCGAAUCGAUGAAUGAGAGGACCUCUGAUGUUUUUGUGAUGCCCCUUUACACCUGACCUCCAAGACUGUCUCGAUGACAGUUUAGCCAUUCACUGUGUCAUCGCAUAUCAAGUGUUCUCCGCGUUCUUAUAUUUAUCAGUUCAAAUAUCAAAGAGGAAAUACCUAGAAAUGGACCUUAAUAUCAAAUCCAAAUUUGUGUCACACGAAUGGCUUGCACUCCUCUGGAUGUUUGAGCUGCUCUUGCUCACUAUGAAAAAAAAAUAUUUGGCUGCCGACCUCAGAGCCUGUAUGAAACAUCGAGGGAUGAUGGGAACGUUUCACAGUGCAUAGGAAGAUGUACGAGUGCAGCUGCUGUGGGCCUAAAUCACCAAAUCCUGUAUAUCAGCAAGAAAUGCACAAAUCUGAUGCCGAAAAAUCAUCAGAGGAGGUGUUGAUCCAGUAAGUUACAUCCAGAGAGAGAGAGAGAGAGAGCUCGUGAAAGAAGUUGUGUUAGCACAGCUGUUGCUGCUAGUUUUGCUGCUGUGGCCAUGCAGCCAAUUCUGUCUAUGGACAGUUUGUAGUUUAAUGCAAGUGCAGUCUGCCAUAGAUUUUACCUCUGGUCAAAAUGCAGUUAUAUCAGCUUUACAUGAAAUAUAUAUAUUCAUAUACAUGCAAACAGCUUUAUACAUGUAGAUCUACUAACAGGUUCCCCUCUGCCUUCCCUAGGGCUGUCAAAGUUCACACACUAAUUGCCGAACAUUAGGAGCUAAUUGAAAUGGAUCAUGCACCCGUGUUUCUAUCAGCAAAUGAAGAAAGAUUUUGAAUGGAUAAUUUAUUUAUAACCAGUCCCUGAUGGGAUGUUUAACAAAAGUUGUUUGCAUGCUUGGUGAAAUUUUAUUCCUCAAACCGAAAUUCAUCUUUUACUUAAGAAAGAUCAAAUCCAUUUGUAUUUCCUGUCCUGUUUAGUGCAGUUUGAUAAUUAAUAUUAACAAUUAGAUUGACUAUAGAAUGAAUUAAGAGCACGGCUGCAUACAUUUAGCUCUGUCUGGUGUCAUUAUAUAGACAUACCAUCCACAUAAAUUGCCAAACUCAAAUACACACUCUUUGGAACUGAAUGCAUUAAUGCUAUGCAUCAUAACUAUGAAACAGACUGAUAAUUUUAAUAGAUUGACAGCCUUAUUAGAGACACAAUGGCCACUGAGAUGAUUGACUAAAAGAGAAAUACAAUUAAUAAUUAAUAAUUCAAAUAAAAUGGGCAGUCAGUCAGUAUUUGCUUGUUGAUGAAGACCAGCUAAAGGGCCUUUGUCCAUCAGGAUAAUAACAUAUUUUAUUAGGAGCCAAGUGUUCAUUCAAAAGUAAUACCAAAUUACAAGAAAAGUGAGUAAAGUAUUGACACAAAGAAUGUAAUUUAGGCUUCAUUGUGAAUAUAAUAAGCAUUUAGCAUCAAGGUGUUUGUGCUAGCUCAGUCUAAUGUAGCAUUAUAUUUGUAAAAGAGCAGUAAAACUAUGUAUAAAAUAGAUGAAAUCAUUUCAGGCUUACCUUUGCAGUCCAUUUCAUCUGACAUUUUGUAACAAAAAUAUCUUAUUGGCAGAUAUGCCAUCGGUGCUCCCCUUUUUGUGGUGCUCAUUAUUUUUGUGAAAAAUAACUAACAAUAACGUUAGCGCAUAACAGCAGUAUAUGUAACAACUAGCUUGAAGUUCAACACAAUAGCAAAUGUCUUAUAUUGUAGUAAGUGUACACCAGUGUAAAACUGGAGAUUGUAGUCUAUGGCGGUGUGGUAGUUAAUGGCAGUCAGUACGACCCCAUUAAACACAUAAUCUUUUAAUAUCUACACAUUGGUUUACAAACCACUUUUAGAAAGUAUUGAAACAUCAAAAUGACUUACAGUAGAAGCAUUUAUCAGCCACCCUCACAAUCUCCCUGAGCUCUUAUAAAUACAUCUAAAUGACAUCUUUCUCAUUACAUUAGCAUUAGCAAUGUAGCAUAGAAAAAAAAACAACAACAACUGUUGUGAUAGCAGAAGUGAGGCUACUAAUCAAACCAGAAUAUCCCAACAAGUUGUGUCAGCCCAGCCGAUGAUAAGAGGUUAUUUCUAUGGCAUUAAUGUCUAACGAUAAAUAUUAUGUUUUUCAGAAGUGAAGAGUUUAAGGUAGGAAGAGCCUUGUGUGUAUAUUUAUAUCUGGUGGUUUUGUUCAACUGUAUCUCUGUCAAUCAAUAUUUUUAUCUUUGACCACAGUUGCUGCACUUGUCUUUGUACAGUUGUUUUGUUGAUGAAAUAGAAAAAAAAAAGAAAGAAAAGAAAAAAGUUUACCAUAAAAAAAGCUGCUAUGGUCAGACAGGUUAUCAUAAUUGUUAAAUUAAAUAGUCGUGUAGUGUAUGACAUCAUUGAAUAGUACUUUAUACUGUGUGUUGUUGUUUUCUUCUCUUUUCACUACCUUUGGUUAAAAUGGCAAGUAUUAAAGAGAGAUGUGUGUAGUCCAAUUACAAAUACAGAUGUUAAAAACAUAGAUGUUAAAAACACAGCUACCAUCAAAGGAUAUCCAAAGUAAAAAAAUCUGACCUGCAAGAGACACGGCAAGAGUGAGAUGACAGAGUAGGUCGUCACAGUCGCUGAUGACUUAUUUAUUCAUGUACACAAGCAGCUCUGUCGUCAUUUCUUUCGAUGUAAAGAUCAUGUCAUAUUUAGUCUCUAUUGAUGUCUUUGUUCCUAGUAUUAAACUGUAUGCUAUUAUUGCAUAGUAAAUGCUAAAAUACUGCUGCUUUUAUUCAGUUAUCACUUGGAAAGAGUGCCUAGAACAAAUACCAAUAUAUGUGCAAUCUUAUGAACCAGUAUCACGACCGGUUUCAGACAUCACUGAAAAUGGACCUUUACUGAGCUUUACAGUACAUACAGUUCUUUACUGGGGUGUUGUACACAAACAGUGAUCAACCUUUUCUGUCCUUUUUUUUUUUCCUGGAAAUGUUAAGAAAAGCUGAAUGCAUUCUAACGCAACGUUACUUUUUUCUUCUGAAGCCAUGAAAAACAAGAUCAAAUCAAAUGAAGUUUGGUGAAACAGUCUACUGUAAACUUAACAGGAUCUUUUUUGCUGUACCUCAUGCCUGUAAUGUUUGCUGCUUACUUGUUCAGUAUUUUAGUAAUUUAAAUCUCUUAGCAAUAUACAAUGUUGUAAAUAAUAUAAUUAUUUAUUAAGAAUGUUGUCUUUUUAUUUAUAUUUACACAGUUCAUCUAAGUUAUUUUUAUAUGUCUCCAGUGUUACUUGGUGUGAUCAAAAGUCUUUUUUCCCCCCCUUACUGUUUACUUCUCUGUCGGUUCCUCUGUUCCGGUUAGAAAGCAAAGGUCUGGCGUAAGAAAUGACCUGUUUUCCCAGCCACUCAAUUUGUAUGAGUAAUAAAUAAAAGUCUCUAAUGCACAAGGAAAAUGUUAUAGAAAUGUCACCUUUGGAAAAUUGUACAAAGUGUUCCUUUGCCGUAUUGACUUCCACCCGUGUUUUAGAUUCCAUAUGUUUGUAUAUUCUGGGGAAAUUGGUCAGAGAGGUUCCGUUUCCAAUUGCUGAGUAGAUACAUUGAACCGGUCUGGAGCCGUGGGGCUCGUGUGGUUUUGUGUAAAUAGUAGAAUAGGUGAGAGAAACUGAAAGACUGCUUGUGGUGGCUCAGCUGCUGAUGUUUGGCCACAUAUAGAAAGCCUCAUGUAUAGAUUCCUUCUAUAAUCCAACGUGUGUCCCUACAUUUUCAUCCUCACUGCAGAAAGAGGCAUGUCCCCAUGACCGUACAUGCAGACAAAGUUGUACCUCAGCAAAUUAGUGUCCUAUUUUGUACAUCCAAUUUUGUGAUUUAAAGGUUUCAACCUAUUUCAGAUUUCCCUAGUGCUGUGUUUGCUUGAAGAAUAGCCUAAAGGUCACUUUACAUCAUGGGAUUUUUGCAGUAAUUUCACUUUAUACAGCUUCUGUAUUUUCACACAGCUGUGUAGGUUUUGUACAUUGCUACCAGUAACAUGACUGCACAUCAAUAUUAAGCCAGUUCAGCAUGCUUUUCUCAAAUCUCAUACUCUGAAGAUUACAGUUGCAUGAUCAAAACCAUGGUCCCAAAGUCUGAGAUGUAAAAAUUUGAUGGUGUGCUACUUUCAUCUAAGUAGUAUAGCAAAUUUAGAUGUAUUUAUCAUACUUUUUUUGCAACGAGAGAUAAUUUACCCCAUUACGUGUCAUUUGAGUAUUCAUUUUGUGUGUUGUUUUUAGUGUUCUUUUCAAAACCUUUAUAUCGAAAUCAAUUAUGUUACAUGUUAUUUGAUAUAUAUUUUUCCUGAGUGUUUCUUUUCGAUGCCCUGCUCCAUUUUGUGUCAUUGUUUGGUCUCCAAAUUUGCAAAUUCUUCUGCGACUGCACUGACAUAAAAUCAAGACCAGACAUGAUGACAAACCCAUUGUCCUUCCUGGCAUAUCUCCAAAUACAAACCUAAAAGGCUUGACCUCUUACACUGACGGUCUCCGUAAGCACUGGUUAGUCUCAAUAAACCCACUGUGCUCAGUAUAAAUACUAAAUGCACUGUUUUGGGCACUUACCACAAUAUUAUUUUAAUAACCAAUUGAUUUGUACCAUUUUUCAUGAUUAUUUCUGAUGUGAGCAGUUUGCCACUGUUGUUUGUUCAUUUGUUUGUUUUUAUAUAUAAUAUUGUGAUAUUAUUUGUCACAGAGCAGACUAGUGUACUGUAUAUUUUCAUGAACUCCUCAAGCAUUAUUAACAGUAAGUACAUCAAUGUUAUUUUUCCUGAUAUGUAUUAUUUAGAAAAUAAAC